GUGUUGUUAGUUGGGUGUUGUUGUUCUUGUGAUAGUUGGAUUUGGGCUAAGGUGUAGGCUACGCACGUCGAUAAAGUCAGCGAGGUCUUCUGGAUCUGUUUUGGUGAAUUCAUUUUGUUGGAUCUGUUCUGCCUCUGGUUUUGGGUCUGCUCGACUGCUGGACUUCUGGCGCGGGGUUGUGCGCGGACGUCGCGCUUUCUUGGUUCGAGGUGUCGGAGAGAAUUUCGCGACGAUUGCGCUCGAUACGCAAUCGCGGAAUAUCUGGUAGUUUUCGCUGUCUGGCGCUGUCAUUGUGGUUUCAUUGGGAAGGUUGUUGGGUUGGUGUUUGUGGUGGUGAGGCGGUUGGGUCGAUGAGUGAGGCCCUUGACAUCAUCGUCAAUCGCCCUUUUUUACAUCAGUAGUUGAGUUUACGGGAGCCGUGUUUCUUUCUUGUCUUCUUACGACCACAUCUAUUCGAGAGUCGAUUGCGCUGGAACACUCAAUUACAUGAUGGGGGAUAUUGUUCUUGCGUUCGACAUCUACGGCACAUUGCUCUCUUUCGAGGCUGUCACUCGUGAGCUGGAGCGCUUCUUGAAUGACGGUGCCCGGGCCCGCACCGUGGCACAGACAUGGAGACGCUACCAGCUUGAAUACACCUUCAGGCUGAACAGCAUGGGGCGCUAUCUCACCUUCCUGGAAGUCACCAGGAAUUCCCUUCUGCAUGCCUUGGAUGAUACGGGUACCUCGUUGGGAGACAAGGAGAUUGAGCAUCUGAUGGCGACCUACAAUAGACUGACACCCUUUCCCGAUGUCGAAGACGCUUUGAAUCAACUUUCAGUCUUCCCGCAAGUCACUUCAGUUAUCUUUUCAAAUGGCACCCGGGGCAUGAUAGCCAAUUGUGUGGAGAGCUCGACGGUUCUAUCGCAGCACAAAACAUUCUUUAGAGAUGUUGUCAGCGUCGACGAAGUGAAGCAGUACAAGCCCGCUCCAGCAGUCUACAAUUAUCUGGCAAAGUGCGUCGGCCGGAACCAGUCGGAGAUGAAGGAUAUCUGGCUAGUCAGUGGCAAUCCAUUUGACAUUGCAGGCGCCCGCAAUGUGGGUAUGAAUGCCAUUUGGGUAGACCGGGCUGAGGCAAGCUGGGUCGACAAGGCGUUGCCUGAUGUCAAGCCGACAGCAAUCGUUCACCAUCUGGGAGGGAUUGUAGAUGUGAUCAAGCAACAAUUGUCACCAUAGCAUCCUUACUGCUAGCACCUUUAUAGGUUUUUUUUUUUUUAC